UUUUGUCAUCACAAACAUCAAUACAACAUUUGACGGUCAAUGAACCUACAACUAAAUGUUUUACACGUAAAUCAUUAACAGAUUCAUAUGAAUGUCAUCUUUGAUGGAAGAGAAUUUCAAGAUGACUCGUUCUGAUGAGUAUGACCCACUCAUUGCAAAUCAAGAAGGAAAUUCUGAUGUCAAUCCUGAUGCUGUUCCAUAUGAAGAAGCGCUGAAAGAAACAGGUUAUGGUAGAUUCCAUUUUAAGGUACUAGCCUUGUGUGGAUGGGCAGUAUCCAGUGAUGCCAUUGAAGUGCUAUCAGUUUCAUUCCUCUUACCAGCAGCAAGUUGUGACCUUGACAUUGGAUCCACAGAUAAAGGAUGGCUGAAUGCUAUUGUUUUUAUUGGUAUGCUAUUGGGAGGUUAUUUCUGGGGAUCAUUAGCAGACCACCAAGGAAGAAGGUCAAUUCUGAUGUGGUCUCUGACAGUGAAUGGACUAGGAGUUCUGGCCUCCAGUGUAGUACAAUCAUUCUGGGCCUUCCUACUUUGCAGAUUUAUUAGUGGAAUUGGUGUUGGAGGAAGCAUACCAGUUAUAUUUUCAUAUUUCACUGAAUUUCAACCAAAAGAAAAAAGAGGAAUGAUGAUUAGUGCCUUAGCUACAUUCUGGAUGUGUGGGAACAUUAUAGCUGCAGGCUUGGCAUGGGGAAUAAUUCCACGUGAUAUAGGAUACAUCUCAUCAAGUUUUAAAUUCUCUAGCUGGAGGAUAUUUGUAGCUUCAUGUGCUGUACCCAGUCUGUCAUCAGCUUUCUUCUUCACAUUGAUGCCAGAAAGUCCAAAAUUUCUUCUUAUAGCUGGAAAAGCAUCUGAAGCCAUCAAAGUACUAAGUAAAGUACAUGACAGUAACUUCUCACAUAGGAAGUCAAAAGAAUACAAGAUAAAAUCCCUGAUAUUAGCCACAGAUACUAGUAGAGCUGAAUAUCUAGAACAACAUAGUGGAGAAGAUGUAGGCUGUAUAGCUAAACUAGGAACAGGUUGUACUGUGUUAAAAGAAUCAACAAAACAAUUAUUUCGACCUCCUUUAUUGAAGAGUACAGUUUUAAUGUUAAUAGUCAAUUUUGUUUUAGCUUUUGGGUACUAUGGACUUUGGAUGUGGUUUCCAGAGUUAUUUAGUCGAAUGAAGGAUGGUGGUUCUCCAUGUGAUCAUUCCAAUUUUAUAAACCAGACAAGUAAAAAUGAAACUACAUGUAAUUACAAGGACAAUUGGGUGUAUUUCUCAGGAUUUAUGACUGCUCUGUCCAACUUACCAGGAAAUAUUCUCACAAUUUUCUUAAUGGACAAAGUAGGACGAAAACAGUUAUUAGCAAUGAGUAUGGUGUUGUCAGGUGUGAGUGUGUUCUUCAUACCACUAAUCCACAAUAAAUAUGAGAAUCUGGGUAUAUCCUGUGUAUUUGGUGCUGUAUCUACUGUAGGAUGGAAUGCCUUAGAUGUUUUAUCAGCUGAAUUAUUUCCUACAUCACUUAGGUCAACAGCUUUUGGUAUUAUGUCUGGUAUUGGUAGAAUAGCAGCAAUUUUAGGCAAUUUGACAUUUGGUGAAUUAAUUGAUGUACAUUGUGCAAUACCUAUGAUAAUUGUUGCUGCUUUGUUAGUAUUUGGAGGGUUAUCAUCAAUCAAACUGCCAAACACAACAAAAACAGAUAUUCAUUGAUAUUUCUGUCAUUUGUUUGAGAUUUUUCUGCCUUUCUUAACCUUAUUUGUUUACAAAUAUAAAAAUAAGAAGAUGUGGUAUGAUUGCCAAUGAGACAACUCUCCAUCAAAGGUUACCAUAAACAAGGUAUAGCAUUGAGAGAGGUGAAAUUUACACAAAUAUGGCCAUUACUAAAAAUAUAAUGUUGUUCCUCAAAACAUUGUUAUGUAAUUAUGGCUUUUGACUAUUAAACUGUAUACAAUGAAAAUUUACAAGUAAAUUGAAGACAUUUAUUUGAAAAAUUACUGUACCAUCAAUUCAUAUUAAAUUUAGAUGUAAGGUGCACUUUUUUAUAAUUUACUAUGCCUUGAAAAUUUUCAAUACACUAUAUUAUCUCCAAAGGUAUUAAUAUAUUAUUUUUCAUGAACUUAUCAUGAGGCUUAAUCAAAUAUUGAAUAUGAAAUUCAGUUUGCCUUUUAUAUAUGUGACUUUGAAAAUAGUUUGACAACAGUUCUGAAAUGUUCAUAAUAGGGAUGUUGUGAUAUGUAUAAUAUAAUUUUUUUAUUGUCGAGCCUGCGACUUUUGUCGCAGAAAGCUCGACAUACGGAUAGUGAUCCGGCGGCGGUGGCGGCGUUAGCUUACUUCUUAAAAGCUUUAUAUUUUAGAAGGUGGAAGAUCUGUAUGCUUCAUACUUUGUAUAUGGAUGCCUCAUGUUACCAAGUUUCCGUCAGUCACAUGUCCAAUGUCCUUGACCUCAUUUUCAUGGUUCAGUGACUACUUGAAAAAAAAAUUAACAUUUUUUUGUAAUGUUAAAUUCUCUCUUAUUAUAAGUAGUAGGAAAACUAUAUUUGGUAUGUACGUACCUUGCAAGGUCCUCAUGCCCGUCAGACAGUUUUCAAUUGACCUCGACCUCAUUUCAUGGAUCAGUGAACAAGGUUAAGUUUUGGUGGUCAAGUCCAUAUCUCAGAUACUAUAAGCAAUAGGUCAAGUAUAUUCAGUGUAUGGAAGGACUGUAAGGUGUACAUGUCCAACUGGCAGGUGUGAUCUGACCUUGGCCUCAUUUUCAUGGUUCAGUGGUUAUAGUUAAGUUUUUGUGUUUUGGUCUGUUUUUCUUAUACUGUAUGCAAUAGGUCUACUAUAUUUGGUGUAUGGAAUGAUUGUAAGGUGUACAUGUCUAGCUGGCAGGUGUCAUUUGACCUUGACCUCAUUUUCAUGGUUCAGUGGUCAAAGUUAAGGUUUUGAGUUUUGGUCUUUUUUUCUAAUACUAAAUGCAAUAGGUCAACUAUAUUUGGUGUAUGGAAAUAUUUUAUGAUGUAUAUGUCAGUCGUGCAGGUUUUAUUUGACCUUGACCUCAUUUUCACAGUUCAUUGCUCAAUGUUAAGUUUUUAUGUUUUGGUCUGUUUUUCUUAAACUAUAAGCAAUAGGUCAACUAUAUUUGUUGUAUGGAAGAAUCGUUAGCUGUACAUGCCUGCCUGGCAUGGUUCAUCUGACCUUGACCUCAUUUUCAUGGUUCAUUGGUCAAUGUUUAGUUUUCUUGGUUAAUGUUAAGUUUAUGUGACAGUUGUAAUAAAGCUUUAUAUUUAGAACUAUCAACAUAAUAGCAGUGUUUAGUAAAGAAGGCGAGACAUUUCAGCGUGUGCACUCUUGUUAUAUGUAUAAAUAAUUUUAUUCCAUUGUUUGGUGAUUUCAUACAACACUCAGUCUGGUGGUUAGAGUCAAUUUCCUAAUGCAUGCAGAGUAAGAGUUUGGUUGGCUUGCUUGCCUUGCUUUGUUUGUUUGUAUUAAUGUUUGGUCAAGCAUAUAUUGUAAUUAAGAUUGACAUCUGAAAACAAUAUAAAAGGCGGAGUUAAACUUGUAUACAUUAUUGAUUGGACAUUAUCAAAUAAUCAAAUUUACCUAUGUACAGGUUUAACUCUGCCUACUUAUAUUGUUUGCAGAUGUCAAUCUUAAUUACAAUGCUUGAGCAAACAUUAAUACAAACAAGGCAAGCAAGCCAACCAAACUCUUACCACGUUUUCUUAUAUCUUCUUACUCUGCAUGCAUUAGGAAAUUGACUCUAAAAAUAAAUCCCACAAGGGUUAAAAUUGUAUCAAGCAAUAAACCAGUAAUUUCAGGUUCUUUGAUUGGUAGAUGAUUUGUUGUGAUAUCAUGUUAUUGGUUACUAUGUUGUCUUAUCUUAACUCAGGAAGAAAUUCUUCUUUCUCCAAUCGGAAGUUAUUUUUUUAAAAUACUAAAGCUUGCAUAUUGAAAAUCUAAAAUUCAACCAUUUUGUGUAGAGAAUUAUCAUAAAACAGACAGAAAAUAUAUACAUGUACUGUGAAUUCAUUAUUAUUCGUUGGAUACCAAUUUUAGUGGAUUUCGUGGGUAUAGGUGAACCACGAAAUUAAAUGUUCAACGAAUGACAAAUUUCCAUAGGCUCUUAUGCAGACUUCGGCAAAACCACGAAAUUAGAUAUCAACGAACAUGAAAGUUUUUCUCAAUCCACAAAAAUUGGUGCCAACGAAAAUAAAUGAAUCCUCAGUAUAUAUAAUUCCUCAACAUAUAAUAAUAUAAUUGAUGAAAGUUACAUGCACUGAAAAAAACCCUGUUUAUUAUUUAUUUUAGAAUGAUUUUAGAUGUAGGCAUUGUUAAUACUUUGUACACAUCAGAGAAAGUUCUCCUGUUUGAAUUAAUACUGUAUGCAUGUAAAUAACAGCAAAUCAGUUAAGGUAUUUUAAGAAAAUAGAUAAGCAAACUUUUAAGACUAUGCUGCAAGUGUAAGCUGUUUAUUAGAUUCUAUCCUAUGUAUUUGGAAUGUUGCAUAAUGUUAAUUUGGCCUAUAUAUUUUAUCAUGCUUAUACUAUUUUCACAAUUUUUUACCAAGAAGAAAUAAUAAAAAAAAACAAUCUGUUCGAAAAUGAACAAGAGCAAAAAUAUUGAUUCUAUGUUUUCAUGGAUUAAAUGGUGGAAUAUUUAAGUUUAAAUUGAAAUGUCUCUCCUAAGUCUUUUUUGCAGUGUUAUAUCUGCUUACUGUUAUACAUCCUUAUGAUCUGUUAUAACCUACCUCUUAAAAACAUAAAUAUAAAUGAAAAAGUGGUGUUCCAAUCAAGAAGCCCUUUUGAAUCCACCAAUAUUUAUGUUUCUGUAAGCUUCAUCAUCUAUUUCUCCUGUGACCUUUAAAGGUACAGUUGUCAUUUAAUCUUUGGGUUGCAUAUACUGUGGCCACUUUAUCAUAUUUUCUUGCUUUCAUAUUUUUUAAUUUUAACUGUUUAUAUUGCGUUUAUAGGCUAUACCAUUUGUUUGUACAAACUUUUUUAAAGUAUGUUUUUAAGCAGUUUAUAACUUUUAACUAGGACCUAAAAACCAAGCUGAGCACUUUUGUGUAUUUCCAAUGAAAGUUCACAAACUAAGCCAAGAUUUUGAUAUUGAAAUCAACUUAGAAAAUCCAAAAAUGUGAGACAUGCUGGACGUCUCUUUCAUGAUGUUGUAAGAACAAUGGAAAACACAAAUAUGGCAAAAAAGGGAUCAUCUAUACAGUUUUCAAUCAUUUUUCUUAAUUUUUUUCUAUUUCAGUGUUGCUGUUUGUGCUCACUUCGUUUGUAAUGAUUUCACCUUUGUUGAUGCACACACUAAAAAAUUUGUAAAAUUCUAUCAAACUAUUUUAACCACCACUGUUUAGGAAUUAUAGUCCUUGAAAAUCAGAAAAAUUUGCAAAACGUAUUGUUUUUGAAUGACAAUUUUAUUUUUCUUUGAAUUAAAGCUUGGAGAUAGUACCAGAGCUCUCUUUUAAUAGUUUUGCCUGUAAAUAUUUUCAGAAUCUGCAAACUUGUCUGUUUCCAGUUGAAAACUUAGUUUGCUUCAAAAGCAUUCUUUUGAGACAUCACUAACAACUAUUAAAACAGUUGGAUUUCUGUGUUCAGUUAUCCAUCAAGAUUUACACUCUCUGAUAAUUGAAAUUCUAUUUUUCGGUAUUUUGAGAAAAUGCUGUCCUGAUGUGACCUUGCUGUUUAGUAUUUUCCCGUUAAAAUAUGUUGUUUCCACAAGAGAUGCACUUUAAAAAAAUGAAUUAACCUUACACUAGUCUAUUUAUGUCAUUUUUAAGUUGUGAUUGUUGGCUUUUCAAAAUUAUUACCUAUUUCUUUAUCACAUUACAGACUAAACAAUUACGCCAGGUCAUAUAACAAAUUGUUUUUUUAAAUGUGGAAUCUGAUCAUGUAAUUCACAUUGAUAUUUUAUGUACUUAACAUUCUGCAACUAUAUGUAUCUGGAACUCAAUUAAUUUAUGUAUUGAGAUCGUUUUCCUUAUUUGUGUAGAGAUAAUAUGAUAUAGAUACUCAGGUUUAAAGCUUGAUAUUACCAGGAAAAUUUUCAUGAAAAUGAAUACCUGUAUCAUGAAUAGUAAUGAUUAUAUACAAUAAGUACACUACAACAUUAUAGGAAAAGUGGUUUUAAUUGUAAUGUCUCAUGUAUUACCGGGAAAGUUUUAAAAUUUCUUUGCUUCAUGUAUUCUAUGCAGGUCCAUUGAAUUGUAAUACUUUACAUUUUUUUAUGUAAAUUGGUGGUGUCAUAGUGUUGGGAGUUAAUUGUAAAAAUUGUUAAGUGGGAUAUGCAGAUUUUAUUUCUAUCAAAUAAUGAUGAUUUAGAUAAUAUUUUAAUAUUUUGUUACAAAUAAUAUAUUUUAUAAAUAAAUGAAGUUCUUUGCUAAAAA